UAUAAAGUAAGCUACCAUCCCACACAAAAGUAUAAUUAUAGUACCUUUACAAAAAUGUCUAUCAAACUACUACAAAUUUUGUGCACAAUAUUAAUUAUAAUAAUGGCCUCAGCAAGUGCCACGGCGGGCAUUCCAUGUAGCAACGUUGUCCCAAAGGUUUUCCCUUGCUCAGGCUACUUAAUCGGUGGCGACUCGUCUCCAAGUGAAGCAUGCUGUGGUGGGGCCCAAGAUUUGGAUGCACAGGCGGCGGCGUCUAGACCAGACCGCCAAGCAAUAUGCGGGUGCUUACAAGCCGCCGCCGCCGUUUUCCCAAUCGACGUUGAGAAGGCCGCCACUCUUAACGACUCGUGUCAUCUCAAAAAUAAGAUACCAAUUGAUCUUAGUGUGGAUUGCUCCACGUAAGUAUACAUACAUCCUAAAUUCCUAAUGUGUAACCUGUUAUAUAUGACCACCCGAUCACCCUUUACGUAACUGGCAUAGAUUGAUCGAGUUUAUUUGACAUUAAUCAUAACAAUGUUUUUACAUGACUAUGUCAAAUAGCUUGUCCUAAAACGGCAUUAUCACGAAGUUUGACAUGAAUUUCACCUAUUUGUGCCCAAUAUCGUAUAAGUUUUUACUAAUCUC